UACUACGCAGAGGAUGAGCCCAAACAGAAGAAUGCGCAGCAAUCGCUCUUCUCCAAAGUCAAUAGUCAGUCGGGGCUCUUUACAGAUGUUUCAGACACAGCCUUGCCCGUUAUCAGAGUUAAACGCAAUGAUUCAAAUGCAUCAGCGAAUGAAUCUGACGCAAUCAGACAAGAUGAAAAGCCCCGCAAAGUCCCUAGUAAUAUUGGCAGCCACUACAGGCAAUUGGCUGUGCUGGAUGAUCUCAUAGUGCAAAAGGAACCACCGCGGAAGAAGCUCAGUAUUGACGAUGGCGAGCGUUAUUUUCAAGCGUACGCUAGCGUGGACACGGAGACAUAUUCGAAAGAAAAGAAAGCGCACGAGGAUGACUUCAUCGUGAACUUCACGAGGGCCCUGGCGCAAUGGGAACCACACCUUGAACUGGUCGAUAAAGGGGGUGGGGUUAACGCUACAAAAGACCUCAGCCGUAUCAUUAGGUCCUAUGUCCAAGGUCCACAGCAAACAAUCGCGGGCGUAGAUACGAUCAUGUUCGAUUACAAAGAAUCGCUACAGGAGUUGUUACGGCAUUUCUGGGCGUGUAUGCCCUGCGCAACCGCAGCCGCAGCCAAACGCGCAACCAAAAUCAUGGCCAGGUUGGGUGAUAUGAGAAAUGAGUUUGACACAGAACUGGCAAAGCGCAAUCCGGAACUUCGAAAGGUAUUUGCACCUCUGAAGGAAAGUAUUCGCGUGGCCGAGAGAAGCUACGAGGUGGCCAAGGCAGACAGUGCAGUUGCUAACAAUGCAUGAUAAACACGUGUAUAUAUAUAACAAGUACGCAUCUGCUAUUAGAGAGCAGAUAAGAGGUGGCCAAGGCAGACAGCCCAGUUGCUGACAAUACAUGAUAAACACAUGUAUAUAUAUAACAAGUGCGCAUCUGCUAUUAGAGAGCAGAUAAGAGGUGGCCAAGGCAGACGACGCAGUUGCUGCCAAUGCAUGACUAACAUAUAUAUAUAAUACCACGUGUAGGGUUCAUUGGCUUAUUUAUAGUUGAUAGCUGCUCUACACUAAUAGUAAUUGACAUUACUUCUUUACGAAAGGCAUUUCAGCGUCGAUUGCUUCGACCGUAGCGAAAUAGCUUUACUAAACUUUCUUCUUUAGCUAUCCCUUUGCAUUUAUGCUCAAUACACUACGUGAGCAGCUGAUGUAUAUGCAAUACUCGGUAGUUUUAUGUUGCAGACGCAAUCUAUUGUACAAAGCUAGGCAAUGUACUGCCUCGAUCCACUCGAAAUCGGUCGUAGUCAAUUCUUGCAGUCGAGCAGAAUAAAUAUUCUCAUCCA